AUGGCUGCUUUGCAUGGCAGUCUAGCGGGGAUUUUCCAAGCUAUUAAUAGAUUGGUGGAUAAUCAGCCUAGACAAGAGCACAGAGAAGUGGAGGAACCUGUGGUAAAUCUUGGAGUACAGGGGGUAGGAAGCAGUGAUGGGGACGCCCAAAAGGUACAGCUGGGCACAUUCCUCCUUAGGGAUGAUGCAGAAAGAUGGUGGGAGACAGUCCAUCAGAGGUAUGGGCCUAGGGAUCCUACCUGGGCAAAAUUUCAAAAUGCAUUUAAUGAAGCUUAUUGCCCAACAUGGUAUAAAGAGCAGAAAGUGUAUGAAUUUAUAGAGUUAGUGCAGGGCAGCAAGACAGUGGCCCAAUAUGAAGUUGAGUUUAUAGCCUUAGCCAAGUAUGCCCCUAAUUUGAUUUCUAUCGAGGAGAAGAAGGCUUCUAAGUUCCAGCGAGGGUUGCGCCCCGAGAUCCGACAUGCAUAUGGUGGUGCGAGAGUUAUAGAUUACCCCACAGUGGUGCAGAGGGCUUAUGCUAUUGAGCGUGAUCAUGGGGAGUGGAGAGCAGCCCAGGCCCUGUUCAGAGGAUCCAAAGCUUCCCAGGCAUCUACCAGUGGUAAGAAGAGGAGAGGGGAAGCUGGUUCGAGUGGUGAGACUAUGAAGCUUCCAUCCUGUACUCGUUGUGGGAAGAAACACCAGGGGCCUUGUCUCUUCGGGCAGUUGGUUUGCCAUCUGUGUGGCCAGACAAGGCAUGUACGCAGGGAUUGUCCACGUAGCUUGGAGGUCUCAUCUACCCCCGAGGUGACUUGUUAUAGAUGUGGGCAGCAGGGGCACAUGGAGAAUACUUGUUCUAAAGCGAUGUCAGGCCGAGGCCAGAGAUCAGGAGGGCUGAGUCAGGGGGGUCGAGUGUUUGCUCUCACAGCAGCUGAGGCGGAGAAGGGGACUAAUACCAUCCAAGGUAUUCUUUCAUUAUAUAAUCAUGAUGUGCGUGCUCUUUUUGACACAAGAUCCUCACAUUCCUUUAUUGCAUUGCAUGUUGCGAGUCAUGUACCUCAUCCACGGAUUGUAUUGCCUUUCCAUUUGAUUGUGUCCACUCCGGGAGGUAAUCAGUUAUGUGGUAAAGAGGUACUUUUAGACUGUGAAAUUGAAGUCUAUGAUAGGAAAUUACCAGGAGACUUAGUGAUUUUGGAUCUUAGAGACUUCGACCUUAUAUUGGGGAUGGAUUGGUUGUCGAAUCAUUAUGCUAAGGUUGAUUGCCAUCAAAAGAUCAUUCAUUUUGAGCCUCCCUUACAGUUUGCCCUUGUGUAUAGAGGCGUUCAGCCCAUGUUAGUGACUCCCAUGAUUUCAGUUAUGAAGGUUGAGAAAUUGAUGCGUCAGGGUUGUGAAGCUUAUUUGGCAUUUGUGACGACUAAAGGCGGGAGCAGUACAUCACUAACGGAGGUACCGGUUGUAUGCGAUUUCGUUGAUGUAUUUCCGGAUGAACUUCCAGGUUUACCACCUCGCAGGGAAGUAGAGUUUUCAGUGGAAUUGAUGCCAGGUACCCAACUUAUUUCCAAGACUUCGUAUCGGAUGGCACUUAAUGAACUGAAAGAAUUGAAGGUCCAAUUACAGGAGUUGAUGGAGAAGGGAUUUAUUCGCCCUAGUACUUCACCAUGGGGUGCCCCAGUGAGAGUCAGGGAUGAGGACAUACAGAAGACAGCAUUUCAGACCCGCUAUGGUCAUUAUGAAUUUGUUGUGAUGCCAUUCGGUUUGACGAACGCCCCCGCAAUGUUUAUGGACUUGAUGAAUCGGAAGCUCAGAGAGGAGCAGUUGUUUGCAAAGUUUAGCAAAUGUGAAUUUUGGCUCCAUCAGAUAGGAUUCUUGGGUCAUAUCGUUUCAGGAGAUGGUAUAGCAGUGGAUCCUGAGAAGAUUAGAGCCAUUGUGGAUUGGCCUAGACCUACUACAAUGACUGAAAUUCAAAGUUUCUUGGGAUUGGCUGGCUAUUAUAGGAGGUUCAUUAAGGGUUUUGCUAGGUUAUCUUCUCCUAUAACGAAGUUAACUCGUAAGGAUGCCCGAUUUGAUUGGACUGAUGAUUGUGAGAUUGCAUUUCAAGAGCCAAAGAGGAAGCUAACUACCACUCCUAUGUUGGCUAUUCCUAAAAGUGGGAAAAAGUUUAUUAUCUUUAGUGAUGCUUCAUAUAUGGGCCUAGGGUGUGUAUUGAUGCAAGAAGGCCGUGUGAUCGCUUACACUUUUAGACAACUGAAGAAAUAUGAGAUAGGGGACUAUGUUUCCAUGGGAUACAGUCAGCGGGGAGAUGGACUGUUGCUAUUCCAGAGCCGUAUUUGUGUGCCAGAUGAUCGGGAGAUGAAGCAGGAGAUUCUAUCUGAGGCGCAUAGUACACGCUAUACUAUUCAUCCAGGCACGAUGAAGAUGUAUAAGAACUUACGACGAUUAUUUUUGUGGCCUGGUAUGAAGAAGGAUUUAGCAGAGUUUGUUUCUAGAUGUUUGGUUUGUCAGCAGGUGAAGGCAGAGCAUCAGCGACCCGUUGGAUUGAUUCAGUCCCUAUCCAUUCCUAUUUGGAAGUGGGAUGAUAUUUCGAUGGGUUUUGUUACCGGAUUGCUGAGGACUUCACGGGGACAUGAUACUAUUUGGGCGACUUUGAGUACUAGAUUGAAAUUUAGUACAACAUUCCAUCCUCUGACAGACGGCCAGACAGAGCGCACGAUCCAGACUAUGGAGGAUAUGUUAGGGGCAUGUGUGCUUGAUUUCCAUGGUAACUAG